AAACCAAGCUUUUGGUCAUUUGUCCCAAUGUCUCCUUGUAUUGCUCAGUGCCCAGUUUUGUUUCUAAUGCUGUUGUGAAGCACCUUGGGAUGUUUACUAUGCAAAAGGUGCUGUAUUUGUCCUGAUCCUUCUGCAAAGUGAGAGAGAGAAUAUAUGAAGUGAUCCCAGGUCAACACCCAAAAGCUGGAAUUGAUCAGAGUUUAAAGAUAACCAUUGAGCCCAAUCACGACUGCAACAGCUCCCUAGAUAGAAGGUUCCUAUCUGCAUCAACUGAUAAGGAUUAAUCAGUGAAUGGAUUAUGCAACAUUGAAAGCCUGUCACCAACAUUGUUGAACACUUGACCCGAAUGUCAGUCACACUGGACAGACCCUGGAAUGAUGCCUCUUCUAUCUGCAAAAGAUCCCUAAAUUCCACCUGUUUUGCCCCUCUCCUGGAUGAAAUGGCUGAUGGUCUCAUUUAUAGAAGUCCUUUGCAACGAUCCACCCAUAUACAGGGGAAAUAUCCAAUUCAUGAUGAGCAACCUCAAGGCUAUUUAGACAUGAUACCCUCCAGUGACUCAUUUAAACGGAGACCGGACUAUGGUUUGCAGGGCUUGUCUCACAGAGAAGAAGGGCGAAGAUCAAGUGAACAUGGUGGGGAUAAGUUGAAGAAAAUUCCUUACCCCCACUCGAGGUCUGAUGAUCGAGGAAGGGAUCCUAAACGUUCACGGCUUGAACAUCGUAGCCGCAGCAAAGAUCGUCAUAGCAGAGAGCGUCGUAGCCGCAGUCCAGAAAGGCAACGGAAUUACAGAGCCAGAAGUCCUGACCGGCGAAGGAGCCUCACUCCACCUCGGAAUCCAAGCAACAGUCAUGCUCAAGAACAUUUUCCAUACAACAAGAGUAAAAAUGAUGAAUUUCGUGAGUUGGAAAUUGCUCGCAGGAGAAAAGAGCAAGAAGAGAGGAUCAUAGCAGAAAUGCUGCCUCCCUCUCAGCGGGAACUCUCAAACUCCACAUACAGCCUAUCUGAGCAUUUUGAUAAGAGUAUAAUAGGCAUUCAACAGUCUUCCAGUAGUGGCUAUGUUUUGCAUAGACCCGAUGAGGCUCCACAAAUGCCCAAGAAAUCUAUUCUGAAGAAACGCACUGAACCAGGAUUGGAGUCCUCGACUGCAAUGCAGUUUGACGAGUAUCAUGGUGUCACAGUCAAGGAAAGCCCUGAACGUCAGAAAAAUUAUGUUCCACCGCAAAGCUUCGCACGCUUACCACAGCAUGAGUCGAGUUUCGCUGAGACUGAACAAUUCUCUUUCAUGCGAGACACCAGAGAAAUACAUCGAAUCACUGAGCAGGGUGGUGUCCCUGGUCUAACAAAUACCAGUUUCCUUUUUGAGCGAGAUAUUCCAGCUAAGCACGGCACAAAAUCCGAAUCUGAAAGAUCUUCUGAAAUCAAGGACCGGGCCACAGACUUCCUGCUGCCACAUGAACGGGCCAGUCAGGAUGGAAGUGGUUUCUCUCGUAUACUUGGCUUAUUGGAAGAAGUUGAGAGCAGCAACUUACAAGAGAGGAGGAAGCGCAACUUUCCAGAAAUAGAGGACGAGGAAAAGUUUCUGUAUGGAGAGGAUGAUGAAGAGAAGACAGCAUCUGCGAAACUUCGAGCAGCUCCUCCAAACCGGAAUCUCCUCCCUGUAAGACAAACCAGUAUGCCUGAAGGAGGGUCACACUUGACAAGUGUGAAACCUGAUAAGGAGUAUGAAAAGAUCCAUGAUUUGCUGAAAACCAUUGGACUAGAUAUAGGAGUAACAGAGAUCAGCAAGCUGGCAGCCCGCACUCAGGAGAGGCUCCAUGGAAAAAAACCUGCAUCUCGAUCACCUGACCACCCCUUGGACCCCCACAAGUCUAGUUCCUGGGAUAAGCGGAGAAGCAGAAAUGAGACAAAAUCACCAGAACCUCGUACACAAACUCGAGCAAAGUCUUACAAACAAGAAAAGGUCCCCGGCCCUGUGGCGAAAGAGAGCAAGGAACCAUUUAGUCGAGAAACAGCUGUGACAGCUAAAGAAUCUGAGAGAGCAACUCCACGAUGUCCAGCUGUAAUCACUCCAACGACCCCUAAGCCUGGUUUAUUGCCUCUCCCCUCGCCAAAUUAUGUUAUGCCACCUUAUGGGCAAUAUCCAAUACCUCCAGUAAAUUAUCCACUGAAUGCACCACCUCCUAACUAUAAUCAAUAUGAUCCUUACCUCUCAUUCCCUGCCCCUGCCUGGCCAAUGUACCCACCUCCACAAGUUACUGAGCCAUAUGUUCAGCAACCAAAUAGUCCAUUGAUGGUGGUUAUGCAGCAAUCAAAAGUCACCAGACCAAAUCUAAGGGUCAUUGAAACGGUCAAAGCUCCCAAAGACAUUACAGACCACAAACGAGAGAAUUCUGUUCUGGUGCAAGUGCAGACAACGCCUACCUUGCCCCAUAUUCCCAUAGCAUCCACAAAUCGAAUGAUGCUGAUGCCCAAGUCUGCCGAAGAGGAGAAGAGGAAAUCAGAACAGAAACAAAAGGUUCUGGAAGAGAAAGGGAAGCUCCUCAAAGAGAAAGAAGCUCGGCAGAAACGCCUGGAUUAUCUUGCAAAUGAGCUGCAGAAGCUUCAUAAACAACAAGGGGAAUUGCUAAGAAAGAAACGUCGUGAGAAGGAUGGACACAAGGACCCUCUACUAGUUGAAAAUGGCAAGCUACAGGAAGACAUUGUGCGUCAGAUGUCUUUAGUUCGCCAACAGGUUGAGGAGACGGUUAAAAAGCUAUCCGAGCUGGAGAAAGUGGCUCAAAUCUUGGGUGUGGUGAUUCAAGAUAAAAGUUUAAAAUCGUCCGACAAACGGAAAGAUGAUUUCUUGGAAAAGGUUCUGCUAAAAGAAGAAAAGUUGUCAUCUUCAAAGGAGAUUUCAACAAGAAAAGGAUCUCUGGAGGAGUUGGAUGCUAAAACAAAGAAGCUACGUGAGAACCUUCCUGAAUCUGGGGGUGUGUACGAAUACUAUGAUGCAGGGAACCACUGGUGCAAAAAUUGCAACACCAUUUGUGGGACACUGUUCGACUUUUUCACUCACAUGCAUAACAAACGACACAGGCAGACACUGGAUCCUUAUGAUCGACCAUGGACAGCAAAGAUGCCAAGUGAAGACAAAAAUGGCUCCGUUAAGCGAACUGAUAAAAUAACAAUGCCAGCAAAAGGUUCAGAAUUUCUGAUGCCAGUCACAGGAUUUUACUGCCAGCUCUGUGAAGAGUUCUAUGGAGAUCAGAUCUGUGCUGAAGAUCAUGUCAAAUCACGUGGUCACAAUGAUAAGUAUAAGGAAUACUUAAAUGAGAAUCCUGUCUAUGAACAGCGAAGAAACCUAGACCGCCAGGCUGGCUUAGUAGUGAUUACGGAGACAGAGCGCAGGCGUCAGGCAGGUCUCAAAAGGAAAAUAGAUGAUGAGAGAGAGGUUCAGAAACAGAAGAGGCUAGAAGAAAGUGAUGAGAGGAAGGCAAAGCUGAUCAGACUGGAUAUGGAGGAGCGCGAAAGUGUUACUGAGUUGGAAGAGGAAAGAAGUGACCGUUCAUCGUCCCACAAAAUAGAACUCAGUAGCAAGCCGGGUAUAAAACUGAUGCUGAAAAAGGAUGAGGUUGAAGACAAGAAAGAUGAGGAACAAGGCUCAUCCUUUGGGAAAUUCUGCUGGAAGAAACCUGAGAAAGAGGAGGAGAAAAGCAGCACAGUGGGAGUCAAGGACGAAAAUAGUGAAGGCAGCAAGGAGAAAGACGAUGGCAAGGGACAGGCAGGAAAAUCUGCCUCCAAAACUAUUGAAAUUAAACUUUCGGGCAAAACUCUUAUAGCUCAUACAACCCCAUGGGUACCAUUCACUUCAGUGAGCACUACGACACAGGCAAAAAUUCGGCCCAACCUUCCUGUGGCUAACAUGCCACUGAGGAAGGCUAGCGGGUCAUCUGUCAACAAACCAGCACCUUUGGACACAUUCCUCUCCAUUAGGUCUUCAGGGGCUUCCAACAAACCAUUACCUGUAGUUAAGGCUGGAGUGUUGUUACCUCCUGAUGUGAUCUCCAGGGCCUUUGGUGGAGAGGAAGUGACUUUGAAGGGAAGUAUUCUGGAUAUAUCUAGAGAGCCAGAUCGUUUGGCUGAAGAACCAGCCCCUGGAGUCUCUGCAUGUGAGCAAACCAUAUUGGCUGUUCCAGUACGCCCACCACCACCACUUGUGUCUCUCACUGACUCCAGUAAGAAAACGGAGAAACCCAAAACCUGUCUGGCUGCUGCUAAUGCUAAAGAUUUGUAUGGUAUUUACUACAGUAGCUCAGGGAAGAACCCAGCUGACAGACUUUGCAGCAAUGCACAGAGUGCCAAAUUGGUGCCUGGCGCUCUGAAGCCAGCAGCAGGACAAGUCAAGAACGGGGAUGGAAAACCUUCUGAAGAACUGGUACACUCUGAAAAUACUGCCAUGGUUGUUCCCAAGUGUGCAGUCCCAGAUAAGAGAAGUGAAACUGAAACAGAUGAGCAGUCUAAAAGCAGGGAUAUACCUGAUGCUCAAGACAUGGGGCCAAGUGAAGAUUAUGAUUUGAGCAUCUCAACAACAGAACUGCAAAGUAAAAGUGAUGUGAUGACUGCUCAGCAAGGGAAUCCAGCUAGAAAAUGGAUGAUUAGCAUUUCAGAACAACCAGAAGAGGGUGAUGGCAACUUGGAUAUCUCCAAUCCAUCAGAAAAAGUUGAAGAUGAAGAAGCAAAUGCCUCUCUCCUGCAAGCCACUGUAGGACAAGCACAGCAGUGUGAUGAUGUGAGCAUCAAUACAGACAAGGAGGUUAAGGAUGUACAAUUAUCUAUCUCCAAAUUAGUUAGCAGUGCUGAACAGUCUCAACAAUAUGACAUCUCCAACACAGUUGAACAAGUUAAGUACAUGGAACUCGAUGCCGUUGUAUCAGAUAGCCAUUCAGAACAUUCUCAACAGUAUGAUUUAAGUAGUUCAAACGCACUUGAGAUUAAGGAUGUAGAAAUGGUUGCUCCUAUAUUUGUUGACACAGGUGACAGGAAUGUAAGCAUCCUCACUGCAAUAGAAGUUGGAGAUGUUGAUAAUACUCCCACCCUAGAUAGUGCUGUGGAUGAUGACCUAAACAUCUCCAGUCAAACUGAGCAGGUUAGAGAUGAAGUCCAUACAUUGGAUAGUACUACAGAACAUCAUCUAGAACAAUGUGAUACUGUUUUAAGCUUUCCUACUGCAGCAAAACAGGUUAAGGAUAUGGAACAGGACAGUCAUGUUUUAGACAGCACUGUUGAUCAGCCAGAACAGUGUGAUACUGAAUUAACCCUCUCCAAGCCAGAAAAUGACAUUAAGGAUGUGGAAGUAGAUCUCCCUGCCUUAGACAGUACUGUAGAUCAACCAGAGCAGUGUGAUACUGACUUAAACUUCUCCAAGCCAGAAAAUAACAUUAAGGAUGUGGAAGUAGAUGCCCCUGCUUUAGACAGUACUGUAGAUCAACCAGAACAGUGUGAUACUGAGUUAAACUUCUCCAAGCCAGAAAAUGACGUUCAGGACGUGGAAGUAGAUGUCCCUGCCUUAGGCAGCACUGCAGAUCAAGCAGAGCAGUGUGAUGUUAACUUAAAUUUCUCCAAGCCAGGAAAUGACAUUAAGGAUGAGGAAGUAGAUGUCUCUGCCUUAGGCAGCACUGUGGAUCAACCAGAGCAGUGUGAUAUUAAUUUAAGCUUCUCCAAGCCAGAAAAUGAGGUUAAGGAUGUGGAAGUAGAUGUCCCUGCCUUAGGCAGCACUGUCGAUCAGCCAGAACAGUGUGAUACUGACUUAAGCUUCUCUGAACCAGUGGGUGAGGUUAAGGAUAUAAAAGUGGAUGCUUUCAUAUCCGAUAACACUGCAGAACAGCACUAUGAAGUUGGCUUCAGCGUCAUCAAUCCAAUGGAUAAGGUGGGAAAUGUUGAAGCAAAUGCCCCAAUAUUAGAUGGCAUUGUGGAGCCGCAACAGUUUAGUGCAGUGGAGCAGGUGAAGGUUCAAGAAAUAGAUGGCCAUAAAGUAACUCAAAUUGGAAACAGUGAAAUAAGCAGUUCACGACAGAUUGGUCUGUGUGAUAACCGUGUGAUGAGUGGACCUAUCCCAGAUCAGCAAGAAAUAAAACUGACUGGCACAUUGCAAAUUAAACCUUGUGGUAGUGAGGAGGUUAUCCCUUUUACAGGGGGGCAAGAUACAGAUGCAAGCAGUUCACGACAGGCUGAGCAAGUUGGUAGUAGUGAGCAGAGUGUUCAGAGUCCUGCAGAGCAAUGUAGGGAAAUUAGCAGUUUACAACAGGCUAAGCAGCAUGAUAAUAGUGAGGUCAGUUUCCCAGACACAAAGCAGGAUCAAGAUCAUGAUGGGAGCAGCUUUCCUGAAGCAGAAGAUCUGUCUGAAUCUGAUAGAGUUAGUAUUUCAGGUCAAACCAGGCAUGGUAAUAGCCAGAUUAGCACCCUCAACCCUGAAGUGCAGGUAGCAGAUAGUGUAGCAAAAGCCCUAGAGCAGCUGCCAGUGCUUCAGAAUGUUCAUGUGAACACAUCAGAAAUAGCACAGAAGGAAAGUAAACCAAGUGGCUCACAGUCAACAGAAGCUGGUGGCAGAAGCAAGGCAGGCAUUAGAGAGGAAUGCAAGAGCACUGGUAGCUCGCGCACCUCCUCCAGACGAGCAGCACAAGCUGGAAAGAGUGCUUUGUGCUCACAGACCCCUGAUAAAACAACUGAAAAGCGUGAAUCAGAUGAAUCUGCAAACAUUCAGGCAUCUGCCAAGCAGCCGCGUCGCAGAAGUGCAAGAAACCUUCGGUCAGCAAAGUAAAAUUGGAAAGUAACACUGACAGAAGAGCAAAAUAUCUGCAAAGCUAGAUGGUUAUUGUAUUCAUUAACAGAUAAUGAGGCACACAAAACCCUCUAUGUUCUGAUUUGCAGACUGGGGCCUAAGCUUUGUAUCCUCCUACUGUCUGCCUUCCUGACUAUUUUUUAAAGAAGUUGAGUUUUUUUUUUGGUGUGGGGGAGUGAUUUUUUUUCCCUGUUUUUAGGUAUGCAUGCUGUAAAAGUUCCAGCCAAGGUUUCCAAUCAUUUUGUAAGUGCUGUGUAGCAUUGUAAUUUUUUUCUUUUUGCAUGGUGCUGCAUUAUGUUGUAACAGGCACCUAGGGCGCAGGCAUUCCACUUCAGAAAAAAAAUCGAUGUUUAAUUAAGUGCAGGAUAUUUCUAAACCACAACUUAAGCUGCUUACGAAGACAGAAGGCUUUGUGUUGCAACAUUUGUAAACUGGGUUGAAGGAAUAUAUUUACAAUUUUUUAAAACACAAUGCUCUCCUGUAAUUGGUUGCCAUUAUUGUACUGGCCAGAAGAAAUCAUCUUGUCACUUAUGGUAAAACAUUGGAUGUUUUUUAAGUAGUUUAUAGUUCAUUCUGUUUUAUUCCCAAUAUUGUGCAUUAAAAAGUGUAGUCAAGUCUGUGUGUCUGUCUUUUGUUCCCUUGUUUCACAAUUCUGCAGUGUUAUCUGCACUGAAUAGAUAGACUUCACCAGUGUAUCUUUUCAUAUGAGUGGGAAGUGAGUUGGUAAGACAGGACAAGAGCAUGGACCAAAAUUGUGAUUUUUCACUUUUUUCGUAAAUGCUAUGCUUUAUAAUUUUACUGUGAUGCAGUAACUUUCCUCCGUUGCAGUCUAUAGAGCAAUGCAGAACUGAUGAAACAGAAACCAAGAAAGGAAGAUACUGAACUCAUUUCCCCUCUGUCUGAACAAAAUAUCACAGUAUCAUUGGCAAUUCCUGUAUGAUUCUGUUCUAAACAGUAAUGUUUAAAAAAAACUCUGUGAACUUGAUGGAUUGUAAUCAAAAGUUGCUUGGAUGAUACUUAUUUGCAUAAUUGCUAUGUUAAAAUGUUAUAAAUAAAGCUACUCCAUUCAACUGUAAAA